AUGCCCACGGGGCAUCUGCUUGAAGUCAGCUGUGUUGCUCACCGCUGGAGCGGUCACUGGGUUGAGCUCGUUCAGCUGCUUCAGCGCAUGCUGCGGAGUCGUAUCGCUAAAGGUACGUCGUACUUCUACUCCUAUCUGCACCGGGUGAGCCACACUGGGACAGGUCCUGGUGGCGUCAUGGACACAUUCCUCCCUGCCCCUGGAAUGACCGAUCAGCCCGGGGAUGAAGGAGAUCGGUUCCAUCCGGCAUCCAGAGCGAUCCGUGGAUCCACGGCUUUUAAACUCAAAUCAGAGGAAUGUGUCAAACGAUAUCAAUAA